UAUAAACACUAAUUAACACUCCUUUGAUCUCUCAAUAAUCCCACUCACUCAUCACACGCCACCACAAACCAUGGCUUCUCCUUCUUCUUCUUCCUCUUUCUCUUCUUCUUUGUUACUCCCUCUGUUUCUUAUCAUCUUCUCAUGUUUUAUUGCGGUUUCAUCAUCAAGAAGAUCAUUAAUCGACCGUCCUACUCCCACAAGCCUUCCAAGAUCCGGUUUUAGAUUAAGUCUAAAACACGUGGAUUCAGGGAAAAACCUCACAAAGAUACAAAAGAUCCAAAGAGGGAUUAACCGUGGAUCCCACAGGUUAAACAGGUUAGGAGCUAUAGCUGUUUUGGCUGUAGCAUCAUCUGAUCCUGAUGAUACUAAUAACAUCAAAGCACCAACUCAUAGCGGAAGCGGAGAGUUUCUUAUGGAGUUAUCUAUAGGAAACCCUCCGGUUAAAUACUCGGCUAUAGUUGAUACCGGAAGUGAUCUUAUAUGGACUCAGUGCAAGCCUUGCACCGAGUGUUUCGAUCAACCAACUCCGAUUUUCGACCCUAAACAGUCUUCCUCUUACUCAAAAGUCGGUUGCUCUUCUGGUCUUUGCAACGCGUUAUCUCGAUCUACUUGUAACCAAGACGAAGCUGCUUGUGAGUAUUUGUACACAUAUGGUGAUUACUCAUCCACAAGAGGGAUCUUGGCCACUGAAACGUUCACUUUCGAGGAGGACAACUCGGUUUCGGGCAUCGGGUUUGGGUGUGGGAAAGAGAACGAAGGAGACGGGUUUUCACAAGGCUCAGGUCUUGUAGGUCUUGGUCGUGGACCACUCUCGCUCAUUUCUCAGCUCAAGGAGACCAAAUUCUCUUAUUGCUUAACCUCUAUCGAGGAUAACGAAGCGUCUAGCUCGUUGUUUAUUGGAUCUCUAGCCUCGAAUAUCGUCAACAAAACAAGUGCAAAUCUAGAUGGUGAAGUCACCAAAACGAUAUCGUUGCUAAGAAAUCCAAAUCAGCCUUCUUUCUAUUACCUUGACCUACAAGGCAUCACUGUUGGAGGUAAACGGCUUAGUGUUGAAAAGUCUACAUUCGAGCUAGCGGAAGAUGGAACCGGAGGUAUGAUCAUCGACUCGGGCACGACCAUCACGUAUCUUGAGGAAGCUGCGUUUCAGGAAUUGAAGAAAGAGUUUACUUCUCGGAUGAGUUUACCAGUCGAUGACUCAGGAUCCACAGGACUUGACUUGUGCUUCACGUUACCUAGUGCAGCAAAGAAAAUUGCUGUUCCUAAGCUGAUUUUUCAUUUUAAAGGGGCAGAUUUGGAGCUUCCGGGAGAGAAUUACAUGGUGGCGGAUUCGAGUACAGGCGUUUUGUGUUUGGCCAUGGGAAGUUCUAAUGGGAUGUCUAUUUUCGGAAAUGUUCAGCAGCAGAAUUUUAAUGUACUUCAUGAUCUUGAGAAAGAUACUGUGUCAUUUGUUCCCACUGAAUGUGGAAAACUGUAGAUUUUUAAUUGUUUUCUUCUUUUGUUAUUAAUAAACUUUUAUACUU